CCACCCGGCCCGCUCGCCUCGCCUCGCCCCGCCGCGUCAGGCCGCGUCUCCUCAGUUCUUCACGGGCGGCGGCGGCGGCGCUACAACUUUUGACAUUUUGGCGGCGGAGGAGCGCGCCGGCACUGCGGGACCGACGGCUGUGGCAGCGGCCGACCUUCGAGGGCCCCUCAGCCGCACCGGCGCUCCCGCCGCCCAGGGUCGGGCGGCCACGAGGCCCCUCCGCGUCGUCCCGCGUCGCCCCGCCGGGCGGCUGCAGCCAUGUCGCGGGGGCCGGAGGAGGUGAACCGGCUCACGGAGAACACCUACCGGAAUGUUAUGGAACAGUUCAAUCCUGGGCUACGAAAUUUAAUAAACCUAGGAAAAAAUUAUGAAAAAGCUGUUAAUGCUAUGAUCCUUGCGGGAAAAGCCUACUAUGAUGGAGUGGCCAAGAUUGGUGAGAUUGCCACCGGGUCCCCUGUGUCAACAGAGCUGGGCCAAGUUCUCAUAGAGAUUUCAAGUACCCACAAGAAACUCAAUGAGAGUCUUGAUGAAAAUUUCAAAAAAUUCCAUAAAGAGAUUAUACAUGAGCUGGAGAAGAAGACAGAACUUGAUGUAAAAUACAUGAAUGCAACUCUUAAAAGAUACCAAACAGAACACAGGAAUAAAUUAGAUUCUUUGGAGAAAUCUCAAGCAGAGUUGAAGAAGAUCAGAAGGAAAAGUCAAGGAGGACGAAAUGCUCUCAAAUAUGAACACAAAGAAAUUGAGUAUGUAGAAACCGUUACUUCUCGCCAGAGCGACAUCCAGAAAUUUAUUGCAGAUGGGUGCAAAGAAGCUCUGCUUGAAGAGAAAAGGCGCUUCUGCUUUCUGGUUGACAAACACUGUAGCUUUGCAAAUCACUUACAUUAUUAUCAUUUACAGUCUGCAGAAUUACUCAAUUCCAAACUGCCUAGGUGGCAGGAGACCUGUGGGGAUGCUACCAAAGUACCUGAGAAAAUCAUGAAUAUGAUAGAAGAAAUUAAGACCCCAGUCUCUACCCCAGUGUCCGGAACGCCUCAGCCUUCACCAAUGAUCGAGAGAAGCAACAUGGUUGGGAAGGAUUAUGACACCCUUUCUAAAUAUUCACCAAAGGUGCCCCCAGCUCCUUCAGCCAGAGCGUAUACCAGUCCUUUGAUUGAUAUGUUUAAUAACCCAACAGCAGUUGCACAGAAUUCAGAAAGGAUAAAGAAUUCAACAGUUUUAACAGAUUCUUCAGAUGAUCCUAGUUUACAGCGAUCGGUUUCUGUCGCAACCGGACUGAACAUGAUGAAGAAGCAGAAGGUGAAAACCAUCUUCCCACACACCGCAGGCGCGAACCAGAGCUUGCUCAGCUUCGCCCAGGGAGAUGUCCUCACACUGCUUGUCCCCGAGGAGAAAGACGGCUGGCUUUAUGGGGAGCACGACACCACUAAAGCGAGGGGUUGGUUCCCGGCAUCUUACACGAAGUUGCUGGAAGAAGAUGCAAAGGAGGCCAUGAGUGUGCCCACACCAAGCCCAGCGCCAGUGAGAAGCAUCAGCACCGUGAACUUAUCCGAGAAAAGCAGCGUGGUCAUCCCCCCGCCAGAUUACUUGCAAUGUCUGUCCCUGGAAGCGGCUGCAGAUAAGAGAGCAGACAUUUCCAAAAGUAUUUCUACCUUUAAAGCACCGGUGUCCAAACCAGAAAGCACCUCUCCUAACGACGCAAAUGGGACAGCAAAGCCUCCUUUUCUCAGCGGAGAAAACCCCUUCGCGACGGUGAAACUCCGGCCAACGGUGACAAACGAUCGCUCUGCACCGAUCAUUCGAUGAAGAGCAGGCCGGGAGCUCCAGUCCCUCCAACGUUAAGUUCUCACUUGCAAAAUGAUGUGUUGUUUGGUGUGCGCUUAACUGUUGCAAAGCUUCGCCAAAGGGUGCCUGAUUUUAAAUGUAUUCCACUUGAGCAAA